AUGUCAAGCUCAACUACAACCACCACCGGGGACGGUAGCGCUCCCCGGGCUCCUAGGAAUUUCAGACGUGGAAAUCGAGGCCGUCGAGGAAAUGCCAAUCGACGACAACAACAGGAAUCAACACAAUCUUCCGAGGCGCAACGACCGCCGCAACCACAAUCGCAACCGCAAAAUCGGCCCGUAGCUCGGGCGCCAGCGCCGACGCCCUCCGUACCCCAGUCUCAGAACACACCGCAGUCAAGUGAUUCGACGCCUUCGAAUACGACGGGUCAGCGAUCAAGGCGCGGUCCGAGGCGGCGGCGGGGUGGCCGAGGUGGCGGGAAUACUUCGGCGGAUGGAGAAGGACAGCGACAGAGUCCGGUGCGGGGUGGUGAUAAACAAAUCGGCUCGGGAGCGUCUAGGCGGACAUUUGGAGGACGAUUGACGAAGUCGCAGGAGACUUCGGAGGAUGAUAGACAACAGGCGGCGGAAGAUACAGAAGACCCAGGAUUGAGGGCUAAUGCGCCGGCGUUUGUGCCUGGAUCUGUUCCGCCGGUCAAUGGCGAGACACCGUCCUCGAGCAAUGCUGCUUCAGCAAAAGGCAAAGGGAAGGCGAAGGCUCCUCGACAACGCGCGCCGAAGGUUACUACGAAAUCAGAGGCCGAGGAUAUCACUACCCGGAUCCAUGAAGAUAUCGCGCAUAACCUCUACGAGUGUCCGAUUUGUACGAGCGAAGUUGGCCGGAAAACGCGCGUUUGGUCGUGCGGGCUCUGUUGGACUGUGUUCCACUUGAGCUGUGUCAAGAAAUGGUCGAAGAACGAGGGCGCCGCGGCGCAGGAUCCGUCCCGGAACGUCGACCGACGAUGCAACGCGGCGAAAGCCGUGACAUCAAAGGGACAGCUGCAGCAACCGCAGCGCCUCUCCGCAGUCACCCCACUCUCAUGCGACGACGAGUGCGCCCGUCUGGAGCGCAACCGUUCCCUCGCGGCUGCUCUGGGCGUCGACAUCAACCCAUCAACCACUCUCGCACAAAACGCCAUCACCUCGACGAACCUCCCUUAUUCUACCGAAACUCUGGACUUGUACGUCCAGCUCUCCUCGACGUCAUCCCUCUCAACUCUCCAAUCCCACGAAUCAACACUCCAUUCCCUCGCCACGAGCACAAACCCAAGCCAACGCUCCAUCCGAACUCAACCCGCCAAAUCCUCAAUCCGAGCCUUUAUCCAUUCCCUCGCUACAGACUAUGGCUUCGUCAGCGAAAGCUACGACCCAGAACCUCACCGCCAUGUGUUUGUCCUCAAACCCACAACCUGGACACCACCCAUCUUUGGCCUCGGCAACGGCGUCUCAGUCGGCAUUGGCGGCAUGAGCGUCUCCGAAUGUGUCAAGCUCCGCGAACGCCAGCGAGCCAAGGAGCGCGAAGCCCAGCGUCUCGUAGCAGCAGAAGCCAAAGCACAGCGCGACGCAUCCAAAGCCCAGGCCAGCUCCGAGGGCGGAUGGGCGCAAAUCGCUGCGUCUAAGCGGGGUAAUGGAGUCACGGGGAGCGCGAGGAGCACGCCGCUUUCUCGCACACCCGUGGGCUCGGGGUCCUUCUACACAGCUCUUGCAUUGAACGAUGACGGGAGCGGCUUCAGGAAGGAGAAACUUGUCCUGCGAUCGGGCGUUGGCGCGGGUAAAGCGGCUUCACGCCGUCCGUCUCCCCCGCGGCCCGUCGAGGUCGCGGAUAGCUGGGAGGAGGAAGAGGAUAAAGAGGAGAAGGAGGAAGAGGAGCGCCGUGCGAAGGAAUCUGAGGCUGAGGCUUCUAGUAGCGCGGGGACGAGGACCCCUGAGGUUGUUGACGUGGAUGCUACUGGGGGACCUUGA